GGACGAUUUGCUGUGCAAGCGUUUUUUUCUUGUUGGUGCAUGGUGUGGGAGAGUUCACUUCACUUGGUGAGAAUGACCAUUUUGCAGAGAUGAAGAAGAAAAAGUUCCGCUUCAACGUGAAGUUGGAUCUUCUUGAGCUGUGUUCAGUGCCUUUUGUAAGUGGCUCCUUCUUCGCCAAGAUGAGGCUGAUCGACGGAGGCGAUUUUUGCAAUGAGUCGAAACGGGUUGUGGUGGAGAAUCACCGUGUCCUCUGGGAUCACACUUAUCCGUUCUCUUGCAAGAUGCACGCGCCGAUUCAGACGGGUAUUCUAGACUCGUGUUUGCUUCGCGUGUCUGUUCGCAAGGAUGCAAGGAGCGGACGUGUUGAAAAGCUUGGCUUCGUGGACUUCGACCUAGCCGAGUUCUCUGGAGCAGGUCCCACCGAGCGCAAGUGUAUCCUCUCAGGAUAUGACCAGAAUCGACGGCAGGAUAACUCUAUUCUAAAGGUCCGUGUCGCUGUCUCUUUGCUGGAAGGUGACCCAAUGUUCAAGCGGAGGCCUACUUCCCGUGACGCUCAGCGAUUGAGUGAUGUUGAUCCUGCCGAUUGCCGAGCUGGGGUGAGCAACGUUCGUGGUGUGGAAAUCGCCGAACUUAACUCACCGACAAGCACACCGGCUUCAUUUCCUGCAGGCGUUUGUAGCUCGCCUGCUGCUCAUAUGCGAAGUGGCAGUACCGCUGGUGUUGCAUCCACUACUGCUACUACUGCUGCUGCUGCUGCUGCUGCUGGUUGUGCUAGUGGAAACAACGUGAUGACAGUCUCGUCUUUAGCGACGCGUAGUAGCAGCGCGUCGGCCCAGGCGGUGGUGCUGUUGUGCAGCGACAAUCUACAAUCGACCAACUCACAGUCGUUGCCCAGCAUAGACCGGUUUGAAACCGGCGGCGCCUCGAGUGCUGCAGCCACUGGUGCUGGCGGCGUGGCUGGCUUAGGCAGUGUGACGCAGCGCGGUGCCUUGUCAUCGCAGCGAGAGAGAGGUGAUCGUCCGGCAUCCGACAUUGCCUGGUCAGCAACUCCGCCGUCCAGCACAAGCAGUGCAUCCUCAGUACAGCCGCCUGCGUUCUCGGAGACACUGCCGCGAACAGCGCGCCGAUACACCUUCAACAACGACCAGGUCGCGCGCUCACAUAAACGUAAUUUCAGCUGGGACCCACAUGCCGCAGCGAUUGGACAACUUGCACUCGAUCCUUCUGACAUCCAGUCAGCUGAAAAGAUCGAGAGUAUGUCGGUGGCAACGUCGACUACAUCUCGUCGCCACAUGCAGAACGAGCAGGCUACUAGAGUGUGUGAUACACGUUUCGACAACGAUGACAUCAUUGAUUCAAUUCUCAAAGGAUCAUCUUCAAGCACAGGUGAAGGCGACAAACAGACUGAGCGAGCGGAUCCUAGUCUUCAGCUAUUUGUUGACAAAGAGGGCAGAACAGUUGUGUCUGGCAGAUCCUCUGGCAGGCAUCUGGAUCGUUACGUCCCCGUCAAGGUGGAUAAUGUCAAGAGCUGACAGCCCCUCACUGGAGCAGUCGCGCCAGCAUCCCAUGAUGUACUCUAUGGUACUAUUGUGAUGUCGUAGGGUGCGAUGCAAUACCCGGUGAUGUCAUGCAAUCAUGUCAUCUACUGUGCUGUGUGAUGUAAUGCUUCUCUGUGGCACCUAUGCUCAUGUCUCUAACGUAUAUGAGCAGUGUGCCCUGUCUUCGACCCCCUCCCGCCCCUUGCAUCCCCUAUUGUUCCACCUGGUGUGGCUUUAAUAUAUGCCUUUUCAAACUGCUGCUGCGCAGUGGUAUUGGCGUUAGCAGAGCACGGUGUGUGUCGACGUAUUUUUUAUCAUCUGUUAAAAUCCAAUGUAGCGCUAGCUGUUCCCUAGCAUCCAAACACACAUGCACGCACUUCCCACAAACCUUAGCUGAUGUGCGCGAUGAACUAGGCCCGUGUGUUCUCCUGUUUGUUUUUUAAUUAUUAUUUCUAUUUCCAUUGAGAGAGGCUUGACUAUAUGUCUGUUGCUCACCCACCCCGCUUGUUGCCCGGCGCAUUAACCGUGAAAGCCAGACCGGUCAGAACCAGUUAUUUUUACGUGUGUUUGUCCAAACUCGCCCGACUAUUACCUGCGGUAACUGUCAGUUUCCCGUUUGCUUUGUGUUUGAUCAGAUUCCACACCUGGAAGCCGUGUCAGUGUUUUUGUUUUUACAUCGCCAGGCCCUGAUAGCUGGGCUGGCUUCAAUACCUUUGCUUAAAGCUUGUAGCUAAUGUGAAAAAUAUAAUGUAAUACUUGUGAAGGGAA